AUGUCAACAAAUGUCUGUUUUACUAACGUUGUGUUUUCCUUUCAAUUUCAGGCGGCUGAAAGUGGUAAUUUGGAAAUUUUCCAACGGCUGUAUUUCGCCGAUACGACACGACUUACAAUCAAAGAUCCUCGCGGUAGAACUGCGGCCCAUCAAGCAGCCGCACGAAAUAGAGUCAACAUUUUGCAGUUUAUAUUAUCGCAAGGAGGAGAUCUAAAUGACCAAGAUAAUUCAGGAAAUACCCCUCUUCAUAUAGCUGUGGAGCAUUCGUCAUUGGACGCGGUCGAUUUUUUACUUAAAACAGACGUUAGAACAGACAUUCUUAAUGAUAAAAAACAGGCGCCCAUCCACCUUGCAACCGAACUUGAUAAAGUCAUGGUGCUGGAAGUUAUGGGUCGAUAUAAAGAGAAAAUUGAGAUUCAGCUUGGCGGAGAGCAUGGCAGAACGGCUUUACAUAUUGCGGCAAUAUACGAUCACGAAGAAUGCGCCAAAAUAUUGAUUUCAGAAUUUGGAGCAUCACCGAAAAAACCUUGCAACAACGGUUAUUACCCAGUACACGAAGCAGCAAAAAAUGCGUCGUCAAAAACAUUGGAGGUAUUUUUACAAUGGGGCGAAUCACAGGGAUGUUCCCGCGACGAAAUGAUAUCAUUCUACGACUCCGAAGGAAACGUUCCUCUGCACUCUGCGGUGCACGGUGGCGACAUAAAGGCGGUCGAGCUUUGUCUCAGAUCAGGCGCUAAAAUUUCCACGCAACAGCACGACCUCUCGACCCCCGUACAUUUGGCUUGUGCACAGGGAGCCUCGGAAAUUGUUAAAUUGAUGUUCAAAAUGCAGCCGGAGGAGAAAUUAACUUGUUUAGCGUCAUGUGACAUCCAGAAAAUGACUCCGUUACACUGCGCUGCUAUGUUCGACCACCCUGACAUAGUCGAGUUUCUCAUUUUAGAAGGUGCCGACAAAAAUUGCAUGGAUAAGGAAAAACGAUCUCCAUUGCUGCUGGCCGCAUUAAGAGGCGGUUGGCGGACUGUGCACACGCUAAUAAGACUGGGAGCUGAUAUCAAUAUCAAAGACGUUAACAGACGUAAUGUACUUCAUUUGGUGGUAAUGAACGGAGGCAGGUUGAAACAAUUUGCAGAAGAAGCAAACUCACAAACAAAUUUGCUGCAAUUGCUAAAUGAAAAGGAUAUAACUGGAUGUUCUCCGCUCCAUUACGCCAGCCGGGAGGGUCAUAUUAGGAGCAUUGAAAACUUGAUAAAGCUGGGAGCUUGCAUUAAUCUUAAGAAUAAUAAUAAUGAAAGCCCUUUGCAUUUCGCCGCAAGAUACGGUCGCUACAACACCGUAAAACAAUUACUGGACUCUGAAAAGGGAACGUUUAUAAUAAACGAAGGCGACGGCGAAGGCCUAACGCCCUUGCAUAUUGCGUCGCAACAGGGUCACACCAGGCUCGUGCAGCUCCUGCUAAACAGGGGAGCGCUCCUGCACAGGGACCACAACGGCAGGAAUCCGCUGCACUUGGCCGCUAUGAACGGAUACACUCAAACCAUCGAGCUUUUGUUGUCCGUUCAUUCGCAUUUAUUGGAUCAGACUGAUAAGGACGGGAAUACGGCUUUGCACACAGCAACGAUGGAAAAUAAACCGAACGCUAUUUCUCUUCUUCUCUCGAUGAGCUGCAAACUUCUUUAUAACAAUAUGGAAAUGAGUGCGAUAGAUUAUGCAUUUUAUUACAAGUUUUCCGAAGCUGCUCUGGCAAUGGUUACACAUGAAGAGAGAGCCUUCGAAAUUAUGUCACUGAAAUCAACUAAACAUCCUUGUGUAACCUGCGCACUUAUUGCUUCAAUGCCCAGAGUUUUUGAAUCGGUACAGGAUAAAUGUAUUACCAAAGCAAACUGCAAAAAGGAUUCCAAACUAUUUUAUGUAAAGUAUAACUUCAGCUCUUUACAGUGUUCACAAAAAUGUGACGAUAUGGAUGUAAAAGAAGCAGAAACCAUAUCCAUAUCCAAAAGAAAUCCGUUGCCAGCUCUUAAUUCCAUGGUGCUUCACGGUAGGGUGGAAUUGUUAGCACAUCCUUUAAGUCAAAAGUAUUUGCAAAUGAAGUGGAACUCCUAUGGAAAAUACUUUCAUUUGGCGAAUGUUUUAUUUUAUAGCAUUUAUUUGGCUUUCAUUACUUGUUUUUCGUCUCAACUAAUGUGGCAUGCAGAUACAUUAAACGUUACACACUUAAACCAUACUGAAUAUUUAAGGAUCAGCAAACAAAACAUUUUGGACGUUAAAGUAUCGCCAAUUAUGUACAUUAGCGCAUUAGCUAUAAUAUCUUAUAUUGGCAUAAACACAAUAAGAGAAGUAAUACAACUUUACCAACAAAAAUAUAUGUAUUUCAUGGAUCCAAUAAAUCUGGUUACAUGGCUUCUAUAUUCUUCGGCUAUCGUUAUGGUGAUUCCAAUAUUUGGAAAUCAGAUGUACGAUAUACAGUUUUCAUGCGCAUCAUUAACAGUAUUUUUAAGUUGGUUUAAUUUGCUAUUGCUACUGCAAAGAUUCGAUCAAGUUGGAAUUUACGUUGUUAUGUUUUUGGAAAUUCUGCAAACCCUCAUAAAAGUACUAAUGGUGUUUUCAAUAUUGAUUAUAGCCUUUGGUUUGGCCUUCUAUAUUUUACUAUCAAGGGGAGAUCAUCUAUCCUUUAAAACAAUACCGAUGUCUUUAAUCCGGACGUUCUCAAUGAUGCUUGGAGAAAUUGACUUUUUGGGAACAUACGUAAAACCGUUUUACUUGGAUACGGAUACCGAAAGAUCCUUUCUGCCAUUUCCUUUACCAGCAUUCUUUAUUCUUGGUCUUUUUAUGGUAUUAAUGCCCAUCUUAUUAAUGAACCUUCUUAUUGGUUUGGCUGUUGGAGAUAUCGAAUCAGUUAGGAGAAAUGCUCAAUUAAAAAGGUUGGCGAUGCAGGUUGUUUUACAUACUGAAUUGGAAAGAAAGCUUCCUCAAAUGCUGUUGGAAAAAGUCGACAAAAGUGAGCUUAUCGAGUACCCUAAUGAUGUACGUGAGCUAGGAUUUCUGGAUUCCAUUUUAAGGAAAUGGUUUGGAAAUCCUUUUUCCGAAGAAGGUCUUGAUAUGGGCAUUGAAAGUGGGGAAGAUAUUAUAAUUGGCGAAAUUGAAAAAACUAAAAGAAAGCUACGCGAUAUAUCUACAAUAUUGGAGACACAACAGCAGUUUUUGCGUCUACUAGUUCAGAAAAUGGAAAUAAAAACUGAAGCCGACGAUGUCGAUGAGGGUAUAUCUCCAAGUAAGUUUAAUUCACAAGGAAAUAUCAGUAAGUGGAGAUCCCCAAGAAUAAAAAAGAAGAUAAGCUCUCUUUGCAGUUUCACCAGGGGAGUGAAUUAAAUAAUAACGAUUUUUAAAAUUAAGUCAUAGAUGCAGUCAAUAAUAUUAUUAAUAAGAUUUAUUUGCAACAUAAAGUAGCACUGGUUAAUUAAUUAAUUAAUUAAUUCACAACUUUAUAUUUGUUUAUACAUUGUUAAACGGACUUAAUUUAAACAAUACCUAGGCGUUUUAGAAAACUAAUAACAGAGUUAAA